UUAUUUUCUAGAAAAAGAAAGAAGUCUCUUCCUCUUCUGUCUCUUCCGCCGGGUCUCUGCUCGUCAGCCUGAAGUUUCCGGUGCGUGCGCAGUGUGAUCUUCCGGUGAGCGUCCAGACACGCAGACAUGCCUCUUGCAAAGGAUCUGUUGCACCCAACUCCCGAGGAGGAGAGGAGGAGACACAAGAAGAAACGACUAGUGCAGUGUCCUAACUCUUAUUUUAUGGAUGUCAAAUGUCCAGGUUGCUACAAGAUCACCACAGUGUUUAGCCACGCUCAGACUGUAGUGCUGUGUGUCGGCUGCUCCACAGUGCUCUGUCAGCCGACAGGAGGGAAGGCUCGCCUCACAGAAGGAUGCUCAUUCAGGAGGAAACAGCACUAGUUUGACCAGAUGUGGUUGGACACAGUUGAGGAGGAUGAGAAGAACUUGAUGGACAUCAAGUAACACUGCCAUGGAGCUGAUACACCAAUGAACACAUGGAGAGCAGGAAUAAAUAUUGUAAUAUAAGAAGUCUUAUCUACAGAAUACGGACAGAGAUGCUUGGCAUUGUUAACAGCCCAUCAACACCAAUAUCCAUUAAUUCUUGUCUCUUAAUAAACUUAGGUUGUUUUUUGGUAAAAUAA